AUGUAUUUGAACAAUCUAAGAAACCUUUUCAUGCUACUUGCAGUGCUCGGUACCGCCUUUGCAGCUCCUCAGCGAGGAGGUAACAACAACGCAAAUGCUGGAAACAAUGCAAACGCCGGCAAUGACGCCAAUGCAGGAAAUGGUGCAAAUGAAGGCAACAACAAUAACAACAACAACAACGGUGGAGGCAACGGAGGCACUACUCUCCUUGCUGCCAAUAUUCAAGAUGCAUCUGCCUCGGACGGUGGAGCCGACGUAGAAGAAGGACAAUCGCCUUCAGAAACGGACACUGCGAACUUCAUAAACUUCUGCUCAGGCAAAACCACUACAAACGGCCUCCAAAACACAGCUGGCUCGUGUAAUGGCAUUGUUAUGGGCGACAUCCCAUCACAGAACAACAUGAUAUCCUCGAUCAUCACUAAUCCUGGUCCCGGUGACAAUAUCCAAGCAAAUACCGACUUCGAGAUCACAGUCCAGACCACCAACCUUGUAGCUGGCACUUUCACAAACCCUGACAACACAUAUUAUGCCGCUCCUCAACAGCUCCAAGGUGGAAAGGUCAUUGGGCAUACUCACAUCACAGUGCAGGACCUCGGAAACAGCCUUGCACCGAACAACCCGCCCAAUCCAGGAGUAUUUGCUUUCUUCAAAGGUGUCAACGACAAUGGCAAUGGUCAAGGUGAGCUGUCGGCGACAGUUACUGGUGGUCUGCCAGCAGGUAAUUACCGUGUUUGUACCAUGACGAGUUCUUCCAACCAUCAACCAGUGCUUAUGCCUGUAGCUCAGAGAGGCGCACAGGACGAUUGCCAGAAGUUCACUGUUGGCGGAAACGGAGGCAACGCCGGCAAUAAUGCUGGUGCUGGUGCCAACAACAACAACGCUGGAAACAACAACAACAAUAACAACGCAGCUGCUGGCAGUGGCGAGAACGCCGCUGGUGGUAAUAACGCCGGUAAUGGUGGCAACAACAACAACAACGCUGCUGCUGGUGGUAACGACAAUGCAGGUCAGGGAGAACAGGGGGCUCAAGCAGGCCAAGCAGGUCAAAAUGGACAAACCGGUCGAUCUGGUGGACGCCAAAGAGAGAGAAGACCCCGGUCUCUUGAGAGAGAUAUGCAUUCCGUGUAG